CAAAAUGCAUCAGUUGAAUUAGCACUGUUCAUCUAUCUGUCGCCCUUCUGUGACUUUGCAGCAAAAAGCUCGCGACCUUUGCAAUUUUCAAGUACAAUCGAAAGAAUUAAACCAGCAUCGGGAUGUCUAUCAAAAUCGAGGAGGAAAUCUUUGGUCUGGCCAAGAAUCCGUUUACCAAUGUACCAGAAAUGGUGCGUCGCUUCACAAUGAUUAACAAGAAUCAGAUGUCCGUUUCGGUUAUUCAGUUGGGCGCCAUUAUACAGAGCAUAUGUAUGCCGGAUGCUUAUCAGAAGAUUGAGGAUGUAUGUCUCGGUUUUGAGGACAUUGCCAGCUAUGUCAAUACGAAAGCAGCCUACAUCGGCGGCACCUUGGGACGUGUGGCGAACCGUGUAGCCAAUGGCGAGUAUGUCGUCGGUGAAACAAAAUAUGCGCUGACCAAGAAUUUCCAGAACGCAUAUCAGCUGCAUGGUGGCUUCGUUGGUUUCGAUAGUGUUAUUUGGGAGGUGGUGCGCACUUCAGAUUUGGGUAUUACAUUCAAGCAUGUGUCACCCGACGGCCACGAGGGUUAUCCUGGCCAGCUAACAGCAACGAUAACCUACUGGCUGGACAAUAGCAAUCGUUUCGGUGUACGCUUUGAGGCGACAACGACAAAAACGACCCCGGUUAACUUAUCGAAUCACGCGUACUUCAACUUGGCUGGUCACGCUUCUGGUCCCAAGGGACUCGCCGAGCAUAGAGUGGAGAUAAUGUCCUCCAAGGUUGUUGAUACGGAUAACCAUCAAAUUCCAACUGGCAACUUUUUAGAUGUAAACGACACAGUCUACGAUAUGCGGAUACCAGUUCUACUGGGUGAUCGCCUCAAGCAAUUCGAUAAUCGUUUGAUUAAAGGCUACGACAAUUGCUUUGUGGUCAACGAGAACAAAGAUACGGGCAUUAAUCUGGUGGCCAAACUGUUGCAUCCGCCCAGCGGACGUUCCAUGGAAAUCUAUUCCAAUCAGCCGGGUCUGCAAUUUUACACGGCCAACAAUUUGCCGGACGAGGAGAAAGGUGAUACGCCAAUGAUUGGAAAGGACUGCACACACUAUCAUAAGCAUGGCUCAUUCUGUGUCGAAACUGAAAAGUUUCCCGAUUCCAUGAAUCAUCCAGACUUUCCAUCAAUCUUUCUCAAUCCGGGCGAGAAAUACUUGCAUGAGGUCAUUUAUAAAUUUGAUGUAGAAGAGUCAUGGAAAUGCUGUUGUAACAACAAAUAAAUAAAUAAAACUGCAUAUUUUCUAUA